UUUCCCGACUAGAAUUUGUUCAUUUUUCAGAAUGUAUUGGUUAAUUCUUAAUUGGCAAGGGCUCGGAAUUCCCUUUGUAAUUUUUCCUCCGUGAAAUAUUUCAUGUUACGGAAACACUAAACGAAAGGCUACUUUGGUUUACAAGAAGGGGUCUUGGGAUUCUUUAGUAAAGAGAGGAAUUGCACCUUGUGUUUCGCUUGUACAUUGGGCUUUAUUUCUCGUGAAAUCGUCUUCAUGUUGUUCUCCCCUCCCGGUACCGGCGAAUCUGGUCUACGGAGGCCCCUCGUGCAGAGCAGGCUGAGGCCCUUAGCUCUCCCAGAUCUCGUAGCUUCUGCUCUGUGUCGCUCCUCGUCUAAACCCCAGCGAAAGCUCUGUCCCUUUUAGGAAGCUUUCUAGACACCUUUACUACCAAAUACUUUGAAGCUCGAGUCCCAGGGCUUAUUUGAGGAAUUCAUGUUCUUCCGCUUCAGAAAGCAGAGUCUAGCGAAGGAGACAGACGUGGAGUAACAACAGUGAUGAAUACUUCUACUGGGAACCUACAAGGGAAGCCCCAGGCCCAACGAGGGGUGGGGGUGGGCGCUGUUGAGAGCAUUUCUGCCCUUCCUGAGCCCUCGAUGUCCAGCCAGACCGGGUACUUCUUAGAGGAGGGUGGGCAAGCCUGCAGGAGAAACACGUGACCUGUUCUGUGCCCAGAGAGAAAUCCAGAUGUGUUCUUGGGGCUGGUAGUAAAGAGGAGGUGAAACUGGAUAAGAAGAUGAAAUGUGGCAACUGUGGUGAGAUUUCAGAGAAGUGGCAGUAUAUUCGGCUGAUGGACACUGUGGCACUGAAGGGAGGUCGUGGCAGCGCCUCCAUGGUCCAGAAGUGCAAACUAUGUGCGAGGGAAAACUCCAUCGAGAUUUUGAGCAGCACCAUCAAAUCUUACAAUGCUGAAGACAAUGAGAAGUUCAAGACAAUUGUGGAGUUUGAGUGCCGAGGCCUUGAACCAAUUGAUUUCCAGCCCCAGGCGGGGUUUGCUGCUGAGGGUGUGGAAUCGGGGACAGUCUUCAGCGAUAUUAAUCUGCAGGAGAAGGACUGGACGGACUAUGACGAAAAGGCUCAGGAAUCUGUGGGCAUCUACGAGGUCACCCACCAGUUUGUGAAGUGCUGAACCUUCUUCCUGCACACUUGCCUCUAAGAACUGAGAAGGGACAACAUGCCCCAAGCAGCAGAGCCAUUGAGGCUAGGCCCCUUGUCCCUUGUCUCCCAGGAGCUGUCCAGGCCCUCACAGCCUGCAUGCUGGGCUCUGUCACAGCCCCCCAAGCCCACUAAUAAAGCCCCUGUUUGUGCUGCACUGCUGCAUGAAGGCAGAGUCAGGCAGAAGGACAGCAACUCCUCCACAAAUAAGAAUUCAUGUUGGAAGUCUCGGAUUGCUUCCUGGCACGUUCCCACAGUUUAAGAUCCAAUUUGUAAAAUAUGCGGGAGUGCAUAGCUUCUAAGGGCUCCAGCCCUUGGGGAGUGGGUAGGUCAAUCCAAAGGACCUAAGGUGUCAAGGCCAAUGGUGCUAAGGGCAGUUGGGCCUGUGGAAUGAUUCUAUGAGCCCCAUGGUCCUAAGCCAAAACACUACAUUGACCACCUUCUCUCCCAAGUAAGCCCAGGCAUUUUUAGCUGAUGUCACUUCAUAUUCCAGGGCCAGCAGGGACUUUAGAGUUGGCAGUCCAGUCCUGGUAUGAAUCUGCUCUGAAAUUCCUACUGGACCAUCAUCAAGUCUGUCUACUUGCUGAGAGGGGCAGUCCUCUUCCCAUCAGAGGAGUCCAUAUGAAAGCUCUUCCUUCUGCUAAGUCAGCCUUUAUGUUCCCUGGAGUUCCUCCUGCUGGUCCUGCUUGGUCACUUUGUGGUUAUGCUUUCAUGUUCUACCCCUGGACAGCCCUGUGGACGUCUGAAGACCGGAGUCGUGGCUCUGUGUGUCUUGUGGGCCUGGUUCCCUGGGUCUGAGGGUCCCCUGCAGAGUGGAAAGAGUUGUUUGGUAUACGAUUAGAUCCUGAGGGCAUGCUCAUGCCUUCACGCUGGUGAACCCAUCUUUUGGAAAACUUGUGAGAGACCUUACUAUUCCAGUGUUCUGCUGGAGCCAGAAUUCUUUGGAAGUAAAAAUUAUUACCUUAAUUUUCUGGGAGGCCCACUGGGAAAUGAUCUGCCCAUUUCCACACUGGUUGUGGCGGGGACUAGGAAGGGGCACUACCUCAGAUUUCAGGUAAAGCUGGCUGUGUCCACAGUGGUAAAGAGAUGCCUACCUUGUCUGUUCUCCAGUCUGGCAUCUCCAUCGUGUUCCCUCUAUGCUCCCUGUGUUCCUGGCCCCUGCACAUGCUCUUUUCUGCAUCUGACAUAGCAGAGCUGCUGUGGCCCUCCCUCUGCCACCAGGUCUAUAAGGUUCUAUCACCCACAGGGUCCAAUCUGCUGCUUAGCCUGAAAACAAAUCAGUGGAAGCAGCCUGAGAAGCAGCCUUUCUGUGUUUUAGUCUCUGUAAUAGCCAGUGUGUGUGAAGCUCACAAAGACAAAUAAUAAAAGGAUCUCAAGGUUUUCUUUA